CGCCUGUGUGCUGCCCGCAAUCGCCGACUGCCCGGGCGCCCGGCAGCGCAUCCGAACGAACGAAGUCCACGCGACCGUGUUUACGAACGUUACCUAUUCAAAUCAUUUGAGUGCAGUGUGAUCUGUUUGGAUUAUUUGACCCUAUAGGAGAGUUGGAGCUGGCAUUGAAGCUGCAUCCACAGCAACGUGAUAACAUCAUGGCAGCUAACGGAUACGGCCCUGCGCCUGUCACUGGACACGUCGGCCGGAUCCCGAACUAUGGCAAGACUCAGGUCAAUCCAAUGGGUGGUGUCGAGCCUCCAGCGUGUAUCCAAAACGCGAUGAUGACUAAAGACAAGAAACCAUUCACGUAUACUCCUGGAGGUUUAGAUCUAUCACAAAUUAAGACACCGAGUAUGGCGAGAAGGAUGGCUCGUCAACGCUCUCAAGAAGAGCAAGAACAUGCCUAUACUCAACCACCACCUAACAGCGUCUACCAUCCUCAGGGUGGCCCAGUGCCGCCACCACCACCUCCACCACAAAUACCAGCACCACCGCCACCGCCACCUCUUGUUAUUGAAGCUCCGUCAAAGUCUCCUAAACCAGUAGCACCUGGAGAGCGACCUGAAAUUGUUAUACCUGAAAAUCCUAUAGGUAUGCUUAGAAAAACUAAUAGCCCUUACCAUUGGGAGGCUGAAAAAGCAGAGUUACAGCGUAUCGGCCCUGUUCCUAAAUUCGUUGAUAAAGUACCCAGUCCUCUGACUGUCAAGCUACCUUCAAAUAACUCCUACCAAAACUAUUCUCCUCAAAACAACAUUCAAAGACCGAACUACGCUUAUGGAAAUCAAAAUCAAGCUCCUGAUAGUCCGCUGCACAGGCCAGAAGCGCAAUAUGCUCAUCAACAAUCAGGUUCACCAAAUGUCAAUGGUUCACCACAAACUAGAGACAUGUUAUUACGUCAGGACUCUCAAUUCAAUAAGAGUCCACAGCCAUUUGGAAAUCAGCCGCCACUGACUAACAACCAAUCGCCACAAAAUUCUGGUUCACCAUAUACACCUAAUGCCACAAAUCAUUGGAGGCAACCAGAAAGACGAGAUUCUCCGGCAAGUGUGCACAAUAGUCCACAAUCUCCACAGUUAAAUCGAGGACCAUUUUCACCGGCUGUUAAGCAAAAUUCCCCAAGUUAUAACCAAACAGCGCCUAACAAUUCUGUUUUUCAUACUUUGCCGAGAGUUGGACAAAGAAAUCAGGAUAGUUUUCUAAGUAAUCAGGGUAUUUAUAAUAAUACAAGUAAUGUAAAAGAAAUUCAACCGAUUCAAAACAAUGAGUCACCAAAUACACCCCCGUGGCGGACAAAUACACUUAAUAGGUACCCGAAAGAUCAAACUACUCAUAAUAAUAUUCAGAAUACAAAUCAACAGCAGGUAUAUAAUCCCCCCUGGAAAGCAAAUGACGCUAACAACAAUCAAGGUGAAGGUAACUAUAAUCAGCAAUGGAAGCAAGAGAAAAGUUCUCCCAAUAAUAUUAGUCAGCAACAAUACUCUCCACCGUGGGCUGCACAAGAGGCUAAUAAUAACAGAUCACAAGAUACUGCGCCUUGGAGGUCACAAGAUAACACAGGAAGAUCCACUACCCAGCCUAUCUCCCCUGAAACGCGUUAUCAAUCUUCUAUAUCCAUACCCGUGACACCAAGAAAACAAAAUUCACAACCAGAAUAUAAUAACACCCAGAAAGAGGCAGUAUAUGUCAAUCAGGAACCUGUUUAUUACUGUCCCGAUAGUCCAAAAUCAAUACCACCCUGGGUUAAAACACAAAAGGAAAAAACAAAAACACCACCCCCUGCUUGGUGUCAAAGACCAUUAGAAGGAAGAAAGAGUUCUUCCAGGGAGUUAGCAACACCACCGAGAGAUACAAAACAAGAACCAGAAUGGGUAAGAAAGAGUAACGAAAUGCAACGGGGUGCUCGUGAAGUCAUCAGUCCCCCUAAAUAUCAACAGCCCGUUCAACCUAAUUGGUCAACUAGACCCUCCGAAAAUAGAAAAAGUUUACCACGGGAAAAUACACAGAGCACACACACAGGAAGAAUUAUUCCAAUACAAAUGGAGGUCUCGAGUGCGGAAACGAGAAAUCAAGGUCGACAAGGAGGCAACCAGCCUCAGUUGAGAAUCGUUAUUGAUAUGAAACAAAAUCCUGAGUCUCACAACCAAAAUAACGCUCAAGUUCCAUUUUCUCAACCGACUCAGCGCAUUAUGAGAGUGUUAUCGCCGCAACUAGUAAGGAUGGACGAGCCCGGAUACAAUCAGCCAGAUUUGCCAGUGUUGAAUAGAACUUACCAGAAUACUCAGGACAGUCAGCCAAAAACGCGAAUAAUUCCAAUACAAAUUGAAGGUGGCACCAACGGUGGGGCAAACAAAAGCUUCGGUGGGCGGUAUUAAGGGAGCUGUUUGCGCUGUCCAAACGUGUACUACCACAGAUUCACGCAAGAUGGUUCGCCACGGCAGUCUAAGGCGUUUAAAGUUCUACAGGUUAUAACCGGAACGGGUGACAAUAUUAAAAUAAAUAUGAAAGAUCAUCAAGGUUACUCUGAUUUUUAAUUAUAUAAAAUGUAAUAUGAAGAAAGAUAAAUAAAGUCAAUUGUAUUUGAUAUUUUUGACUGGCAAUUAAAAAAAUAUCGUCAGUAUAUAUAUAGUUAGCCAUUGUUCGUCUUUCUUACAUAUGUUUUUUAAUUGCUUAUGAAAUUAUUUUUUUAGAUUAACCAUAAUAAUUGAUACAUUUAUAUGCGUUUUUCUUCGUAAACACGGUAGGGAUAUAUGUUUAUCUAGAAAACUAUAUACUAUAUAUAAAAAAAAACAUAUUAUAUUAAAAAAUAUUGACGCGCGGGAAUAUAACGAGCUAUAUAAAAAUUAGUAAUUAAUUUAAUAAUUAUUUAAUUUAGUUUAAAUUUAAGUUAUAAAAAAAAUCCAUAAUAUACGAACAACAUUAUGUGCUGCUUAUGUGAUUAUAAAUUAAAAACUAAUGCUCAUAAAUACGGCUAAUAUACCAAAGAUUAAUUAGGAUUUUAUUAAAUUAUAACAUAUUUUAUAACUUUAUUUCGUUAUAAAACGUUUUAUUUAAAUAAGUUUAGUUAUACUUAAUAUUUAACUUAUUACAAGUUACCAUUAGAUAGCGAAUUUUUGUUUUAUAAAUUAACAAUAAAAAUUAUAUAUGUAUAAUGUAUAUAUUUAAAUAUUAUAUCUUUAAUUGUUUUAGAUGCCCUAAUAUUAAUAUAUUAUUUAAUAUAAAUUAGGUUAUUAUUUAAUUUAUAUGUACUAUAAAUAUAUAUUUUAUUUAUUCAUUUAUUUUUGUAGAUAUAGUAUGUAUUUAUAUAAAGCAGUAUUCCUAUAAUAUUUUUUCUUAAAUUAUGUUAACAAAUAUAUUCCUACUAAUUAAUUAACAAGGUUUCGACCAAAGAGUUUCUAUAACAAUAUUAUUUCCAAUAUUAUACGAGUUCCCAUAAACCUGGUUUGUAAUUAAUUUGUUUGUAAUUAACAAAAAUUAAAAAAAGUGAUUUACCUACGUAUCAUGGCAAUAAUGAUUUUAUUGAAUAUUUUUUGUACAAUAUUAUAUUUUUUCUAAAUCGUUAAAUCUGAAUAAUAUUAAUGUCUUAGGAUUUUUUAUUAUUUGUUUUAGUAUUAAAAAUGUACAAAAGUUUUUUUUUUUAAUCAGCAGAUGUUAUGGUCGUAGGUAAAAUUCAAACAGACAGGGGUGUGGCAAUCUAGUCAGUGUGAUCUUUAUAUAAGUAUUUUCUUUAUUUUAUAUGAAUUUACUAUGUUAUUGUAUUAUUUAAGUUUAGUUAUAUGUAUAAUAUUUUAUUUCAUAGAUGGUAAGGAUGAUAUAGUUUUUUAAUAAAUGUCGAUAAAUGCUUAAA